CAGGACCAUGAGCGGCCGCACGCUUUGCCUCCUGCUGUUGCUGGGUUUGCUGGCCGCCGGGGGGGAGAGCUCGCCUGCACUCCCCGAACAGGAGAGGCCGGAGCGGGCAGGCUCCCCGGCUCCCGGGGCUGGAGGAGGGGGACCCGGGAGGAACGGGGCUCCCCCGAACCGGAGGAGCGGCCAGCCGCCUCUGGAAGCCACCAAAGCAAAGUUGGGAGCCCUGGCAAAGUUCUUCGGCAAAUUCCGGCUGCUAGUGCUGGCCGCCCCCGACCCCUCGGACAACUCCUACCGCCUGAUGGAGCAGCAGAUCGACGUGAAGAGCCGGCAGCUCCGCUGUCACUUGGUAGCCAGGGACCUCUUGGUCCUGGUCUUGUUCCAGGAGGCGAGUGCCUCCCCGGGCAAAUUGCUCACCGUCUCCCAGGAAGGCGAGGUCUCGGAGGAGGCGGUGGGAGCUCAGGAGGCAGCUCAGAUCCGGCAGCACCUGUCCUUGGAGGAGGGUCAGUUUGGAAUGGUGCUGCUCAGGAAGUCCAUGCAACUGUACGAGAGGUUCCCGUACGCCGUGAGGAUGGAGGCUGUGCUAGAAACGGUGGACCAAAUGCCCCUCAGGAAGAUCGAAAGCGUGACCAGGAGAAGCCAGCUGCUGAAGUGCCAAGGUGGGAGGGAGAGGAAACUGGGCUCAAGACAAUCCCACCACAACAGGAGGGGAAUGGUCAACAGGGGAAUGGUCAACAGGACAAUGAGCAACAGGGGAAUGGUCAACAGGACAUUGAUCAAUAGGACAAUGAGCAACAGGGGAAUGGUCAACAGGACAUUGAUCAAUAGGACAAUGUCGAACAGGGGAAUGGUCAACAGGACAAUGUCGAACAGGGGAACGGUCAACAGAAGAACGGUCCAAAGGACAAUGACCAACAGCAGAUUGAGAUUAGCUUCUCCCAAUUCCCAGAAGUUGGUCCAUUCUAAGAGUGCCGGUUCUUCAGGGAAACUGAGAACGUCAGCCCCAGGCAGCAGGAGGACACUGGGCAAACGGAAAGGUUCAGCCACCACCCUGAACUCGAUUGGCAAGAGAAGAGCUGACAGCCCCAGGAGUGCAGAUACACCCAAGACGUCUCCCACAGUGCCACCAGGACAGCAGAUGAUGGAUCAGAUCAAAAGGAAGGUGCAGCAGAUGUUAGUGGCCAAACACCAGAAACCUGACCAGCGCAGGCCCAUUCUCAUCAGCCAGAAUAGGAGCCAAAUAUCCCGGACAGGAACUCAUACCUACCCCAUACCCUGGGCCCGCUCUACUAGCUCACCUCCAGUGUUCUCAACCAUGACUUUUCUUAACAGACCUACUGCUGGUACUGAACUGGGUUUCCAACCAGAGAAUGCUGUCUCCCUGAAACGCAACCAAUCUCAAUUGUCACCAGCUCAGACUGUAAGGCCAGGAGUCUUUGAAUCCAACCCAAGCAUAGUUCAGUCCCAGGACAGUUUUUCCAUUUAUCAGACUCUGGAGAACUUUUCCAGUCUCCCUACAGCUCUGCCACAUCACACUGAGUCAGGACAUUGGAACAAUGAGUCACCUAGUGUUCAACCCAGUCUUAUUGGGUCCUCUAAUCCCUCUGACCGAGUGUCUCAUGUCCCACACCAACAAGAAACAUCAGCCUCCAACUCUGAGAGCCACCAAACAAUGGACCAGUGGUCAGAUUCUCUCCCCAGGACCACACUUCCCAAAACCCCCAGGGUUCCCGUCACUGUGCAGCCCAUUGAAGAUGGAACUCGCGACAAGGCAGAGGGAGAGUUAGGCCAGCUGCCUCCAGAACGGGGGAGAGGGCGUCAGAGGCAGAAUAACCCAAUAUCUGUACGAACCAGAGGCAGGAAAGGGGAGAACAAGCAAGAAGGUAACGCAAAUAAAGCGGUCAGAAACAAAGGCCGGAAAAACAGGAGAAACCGCAAGAACAAGAAAAAUGGCUCCAGAAACUCAAAGCCGAUUGAGAACAGGGAGCUCAUGGGAUUUUUACAGCAUUUUCAGAACAAGCGGAGAUUGCUGCUUAUUACAGCACCCAGGAAAGACAGCAAGCUCUACACACACCAAAGGGAUGAGUAUCUGGAGCACUUAUGCCAACUCGCUGUCCGGAAAUUCAGCAUGAUCGCUAUCCUGGGCUCACAAUCCAACAGCACCCUGACGGUGGAGCAUUAUCAGAAUGAGAACGAAUUAGCACUUGAAAAUCCAGUUUCCGAAUCUGCCAACGUUGAACUGAUUGCUCAGCUACGAAGAGAAUUUGGAAUGUCAUUUGAUGAAUUCUUUAUGGUUCUGGCUGAUUAUGAUAUGCAAGUUAAGCAAUAUUUCGAUGUCCCUAUCCCCGUUAAGAUUCUAGUGGAUUAUGUGGACACACUGCCUUCUCGGCGGCUAGAGAUUGAGGAAGAAAAGAAAAAUGGCGUCACCUGUAUCGAACACAACAGGGAGGUCAACAUCAACAAAUUUCUUUCCAGGUUGUUGUGGAAACGGAGAAUGUUGAUCAUUUCCUCUCCUUCUGAAGAAGAAUGGGCAUUUCAACAGCAGCUCACAGCAUUACAUGGCCAGGCCUGCAAUCUGGGAAUUCGCCACUUUACUCUGUUGAAGUUGGUGGGAUCAGGUGAAGAUGUUUCAGGAUCUAUGGAAGUGUUUCCAUUGAAUGGAAGAGCUGAAGUGGCGACGGAGGUGCUUUCCUCAAUGCUGGUGAAAGGCCUUCGUGAACACUUCCAGAUCAGCGAGGAGCACUUUAUGCUGUUCGUAAUCGGUAAAGAUGGCACCAUCAACUCCUGGUACCUGACUCCUGUCUGGUCGCUGACGAACAUUUAUGAACUGGUGGACUCAAUGCGGCUGAGGCAAGAGGAGGUACAGCUUCAAGAGACGCUGGGAAUCUCAUGCCAGGAGGAUGAAUAUUCCCCCCAUUACCGUGGAUACCCUGAGCAUGGAUAGCAUCCCCAUAAUAGGAAAUAAUUCUCAUGUGAGACUUUGAUUGCGAUUACAAAUCACUAAUGAUAUGAACUUUGUUUUAAAUAUAUAGUCAAUUUAUAUCAGCAAUAUGCAUUGGACAGUUUACAAUAUCAAUGUUAUCACUGCACUUUGUACUUGUUAGGGUGGUAGUGCUGCAGUAACCAAUACAGUAGCUCCCCUGAUGAGCUAAGUUGCCUUUUUGGUGCUUAAUAUUUUCUUCCAGCAACCCUUAAAGACAUAAGACAUAAACCUGCUCCCGUAUUUGCAGAGAUGCCUGCAUCACCCUGCCUCACUGACCUGGUACAAAUUAAGGCAGAACAGUUCUAGAUGAUUACUUCUCAGCUCUGUUACCAACAUCUUUCUUGUCUACAUAUUCUACUGGCACUAGAAAUGAUUAUUGCUGUUCCAAACCUCCCUCUCAGCUCCACAUACCCAAUUUGGCAGAAAGGUAGUGGUGUAGCAGCAAUGUCACUGGGCUAGUAAUUGGGAAUCCCAGGCUAAUGGGGAAAUAGAUUCGAUUCCCAUCAUGUUAGAUUGUAAAAUUUGAAUUCAGUUAAAAUCUGGAAUUAAAUGCGAGUCUAAUGGUGACCACAUAACUACUGUUGAUUGUUGUAAAGUUUCAUUUGGUUCAUAAAUGUCCUUCAGGGAAGGAAAUCUGUCAUCCUUACCUGAUCUCAAUUACAUACGACUCCAGAUCCCCAGCAAUGAGGCUGAAUCUUAACUGCAGGGUGGGCCUAGCCAUAAAGUCUCAAUCCUGCAAAUGAAUUUAAAAAAAAUUCUACAAAUUCUCCCUCAUUCCUGUGUUGAAAACGUAUUUUUCCAAAUGUUCAAAACUGUAGCACCUUUGAAUU